AUGGUUCAGAACAACCAGCGCGGGCAGCCGGAUCUUGUACGGAGGGUGGCGGGGCAGCACCCACCUUUCUUUGCUGGAGAGGAGGAUCCUGCGAUCCUGGAGGAGUGGAUUCGAGCCUUUGACAAGAUCCUCGAGGUGGUGGAGUGCCCACCAGGUCGCCAGGUCGAGAUGGCGAGCUUCUACCUGAAGGAGGAGGCCGACUUGUGGUGGGUUCACAGCGGCCCAGCGAUGCGCCAGGAGCCCGGCUUUGGAUGGGAGACGUUCAAGGACCGGUUGAGGGCCCGUUUCUACCCGGCCCACGUCAAGGCGGCAAUGCAGGAUGAGUUCUUGCACCUCAAGCAGGGGACAGGGACCGUGCAGAAGUAUCAUCGACGCUUCCUGGAGUUAGCCCGCUUCGCACCGACGCUAGCCCCGACUGAGGAGACCAGGAUUGAGCGGUUCGUGGCUGGCCUGAACCUGGAGACGCGCAUGGCCUUAGUUGUGUUCAAGUUCCAGACGCUGAGCGAGGCCUACAGUAGCGCUGCCGACCACUACCGUGUGCUGACUAUCCGCCGAGGGCUUCAGGACCGCUCCAAGCGGCCAGCAGAGGGUGGAGUUUCAGACUCCAAGAGGCACCGACCCGGGGGCUCCGGCAUGAGAGGGGGCUUCCAGCAGGGUGGCUCUAGCCAUGGUGGUGGAUCUCGCCCUAGCCUUGGGCAAGGAUCAGGAGGCGAUGGAGCUCGCACACGGCACUUCCACUGCAGGCGUUGUGGGAGAGAUCAUCCAGGACGCGACUGUGAGGGACGGCUGGUAGAGUGCUUCAGCUGUGGUCUGCGAGGUCACCGAGCCUAUGAGUGCACAGCGAAGAAGGGAGGACCACCUCAGUCCCGACCGAGCACAGCUCAGGGAGCCCCAGCAGCGACCCGACCUUCCCGAGAGGCUGAGGGUAGCGGAGGCAGCCGGCCGAGUGGAGGCCGAGGGCAGCAGGCGGGGCCACAGCAGAGGAAGAUUUUCGUGAUGGGUCGCACCCAGGCUGAAGCAAAUGGGCUUGAAGAAGGUAACCCUCGAGCCUAA